AUGGUUAACAGGAGGGUGACCUGGUUCCUUGAAACCAACAAUGUUCUUAGAUACGAAGAAGCAGGUUUUAGGCCACAAAGAUUAACAAACCAACAAGUAGCCACUCUCUCCCAACAUAUCAACGAUGCCCUUGAUGCAAGAAAUACUCUUACGGCUCCAAUAAUGUUGUAUUGCUGUGAAAUAUUCAGCCAAUUCAACACCACUUACAAGAUGUUUAUUCAGCCAAAAAUGUUUUAUUGUUGUGAGCCACUCAUUACAGCCACAGAGGUGCUCUCAAACCCCUCGAGAAGGCACACAGCCACAGAGGUGACUCCCAAACCCCUCGAGAAGGCACAGAAAGCCACAGAGGUGACUCUCAAACCCCUCGAGAAGGCACACAAUCAAGCCAGAGACGGCCAAAACCAAGAGGUGACUCUCAAACCCCUCGAGAAGGCACACUACCAAGAAUUACGACUAAUUACUGGAGGGGUAAAAUCAACACCCCGAUGUAAUGCUCCUAGUUACAGGAAGCACCACAAUAUGUUGUUGCCAUGCUCCUAG